AUGGGCGUUCAACAAACUCUGGAACGCGUCUUCGACAACAUAUUUCACGAAGGCGUAAACUCCCAGACGCACAAUGUGAUGAACUGGGUAUUUUACGGGCUUUUCGUCACGCUCGUUUUGCUACUCAUCGUAACGGGAGGCAAUAUCCAUGUUGCGGCACUUCUUCUUUUGUCGCUGGCCCUCUUUUUGUCGAUCAACUGGUUCAUAUCGGAAUUGCGUCGUGAGAUGGAAAAGCAGCAGAAGCAAGGGUCUAAGCAAGAAUAA